GACAGGGUUGUAUUAGUUUCGAAUAAAUUUAGGACGUCUGCCAAUAUUUAAAACGGAAGAGAAUUCCAAAAUGGCUGCCGACGAAUGGAGAAAUUGUGUAGAAUGGCUUGUAGGGUGUCAAAUUUUACCUGGGGAUCACAAAGCAACAAAGCCAGAUGCAACUGCUUUCGAUUUAGCUCAAGCUUUGAGAGACGGUGUAUUACUAUGUCACCUUUUAAAUACUUUAAAACCUGGCUGCAUCGACAUGAAAGAUUUCAGUUCCCGUCCACAGAUGUCACAGUUUUUGUGUAUGAAAAAUAUACGAACCUUCCUUCAGACAUGUACCAGUAUCUUUGGCAUAGAUCAACAAUAUUUGUUUAAACCCAAUGAUUUGUUUGAUGUCAAGGACUUUAAAAGGGUACUGGAUACUCUAUCUCGCUUGUCCAAAAGUAAAUUAUCUCAAGUUAAAUUUAGUGGCUUCCCCCCAGAUUCAAGGCACUCAGAUACAGAGCAUGAUGAGGAUAUAUAUGGCAACCUCCAGGACCUAGCUAUAGAAAACGACAUAGAGGACCAAGAGGAUAUAUAUGAUACAGUGUACCAGGAGGAUGAGGAGAAGAUCUAUGACGAUCUACUGCGGCACAGGAAGAGUUCUGUACCCUCAGCAGAGCCACUGACCAAAAGAGACCACUGCAUCAAGGAACUUUUGGAGACAGAAAACAAUUACAAUGUAGCACUCAAGAUGAUCAUAGAGCACUUUAUCCGACCAUUACAAAAUGUUUUAGCUCAGAGUGACAGAGAUAUAGUUUUUGCUCAUAUUGAGAAACUGGCAGAGGUCCACAAAGAGCUGUAUGAGAAGCUGACCAAGUCAGUGAGUGAACACGUGCCCAGGCUGGCUGACGUCUUCAUCCAGUUUAAGCCCAGGCUUCUGGUCUACGGGGCCUACUGCUCCAACCUGCCACAGGCGCAGGGGAAAAUUGACAAAAUCUGUGAGAAUGAGCAACUUCGGAUUAAAGUACUGGAAUGUGAACGUCGAGCUAAUGAUGGAAAAUUUAGGUUGCGGGACUUGUUACAUGUGCCAAUGCAGAGGGUUCUCAAAUACCACCUGUUGAUGAGGGAGCUGAUCAAAAACACAGACAAAACAAGUGAUGAGAGAUCAGGGCUAGAACAGGCUCUAGAGGCCAUGCAGGAUUUGUCAUUGUAUGUGAAUGAAGUGAAACGAGAUCAUGAAGGUUUACAAGUCAUUGAAGAAAUACAAAAUAGCAUUAAUGAUCUAAAGAUGCCACCCAACACCUCCCUCAAGGACUAUGGAAGGUUCCAGAAAGACGGAGAACUUAAAGUUUUGUCUCAUGCAGACAACCGACAGAGAAACAGGUCUGAGCCAGUAGGAAAAGUGGAGAAAAGGCAUAUUUUUCUCUUUGAUAAAGUCAUGCUCAUGUGCAAAGCUAAGAUUGUGGACAAGUUUUUCUGGGGUGACACCUACAGUUUUAAAGAUGCCAUUGUCUUGGGAGAGUACAAAAUAGACAACAGUGCAUUCAGCAAUGACAGGAGAGCAGACAAGGCCACACAGAGAGGGUGGAGCUACCCUUUUAUAAUGGUCAAGGAGAGGACAACCGCCUACACAUUCUAUGCUAAAACUGCUGAACAAAGGGACAAGUGGAAGGAAGCUGUCACAUUAGCCUUGGACAACAGUAACCCUGGUCGUAACUUCAUUAUGACAACCUUUGACACACCAAGGGAGUGUGAUGUGUGUGGCAAACUUUUGAGGGGGAUUUUUUUCCAGGGUUAUACAUGUCAAGACACCAAGAAAGCUGUCCAUAAAGAAUGUAUAGGCAAGCCCUUCCCUGUUCAGACAGCACCUAGAAGACCACCACGCAAUGACACGGACAGAAUGAAACAAGGUUCAGUGAGAAGGCCAAAGAUAGCCCACAAGGCUACAGCCAUUCAACCUUACAAGGGUCUACCGCCCCCACCCAACUGUUUCAAACCAGCUUUGCACUUCUCUAAAGACGAGGAAAUAGAUUUGAUAGCUCAGUCAGAUGACAAUUGGUGGAAGGGCCGGUUAAAAAGUGGUAUGGAGGGCUACUUUCCUACCAGUCACGUUGUCAAGAAAAAGAGCCCAAGUGACUCGUAUGAACAAGUUGAAGCCCAGUUCCCCAGGAGAAAUCCCCCUCCACAGCCUGACCGGCAGGAUAAUGGUCCACAGAGCAUGGCUCUGCUCAAAUAUUUGGCCGCAUUUCCAUGGUACGUAGGUGAGAUGGAGAGAGUGUCAGCACAACAGGCUUUAGACCCCCUACCUGAUGGUACCUUCCUCAUCAGGGUCACCAACAACCCUACUCGGCCAGGGGAGUUAAGUCUCAGUAUUAAGUACGCCAAUGCUGUGAGACACAUCAAAGUGAACAGAACAGCUGAUGGGCAGUUUUAUCUGGCAGAAUUGCGCUACUUUUCUUCUGUGCAGGAGUUGGUUGACUUCUACCAGAACAACGAGCUCUCAGACAGCUUUCCUGAUGUGUGCACAACCCUCAAAUAUCCUUACAAGAGGGUAGCCAAUGGGCCGCGAGUAUUAGGCUAUGCCGUGGCCAUCUAUGAUUAUGCAGCUACAUCUACAACUCAAGUGACACUAAAGGUUAAUGACAGGAUAGCCAUACUGAGCAAAACUGGACAGGACAAAGGCUGGUGGAAAGGGGAGAAUCUGCGCUCAAAUAGGAUUGGCUACUUCCCACUGGCUUAUGUACAAGAUGAGGAGGAGUGAGGUGACAGUAGGCCAAGGGCAGUGCUACCUGUCAGUGCUACCUGUUGAUAUUCUAAACUAGAUACUGAAGUUGGUUUACAGGGGACUCCUCCAGCAACACCUACUUAACAUUAAUUUAUUUGACGAAGAGGUUAGUUAGAAAAACAAAGUGUACCAGCAUUUAUAAAUAGAAAUCUCAAGGUUUCUUAGUUGUCUGGCAAGGCUGUGGGGUUUAUGGCCAGACAGAUUUUUGACACGAGUGGCAUGUCACUAAUGUCAUGACAUGGCUGGCAUGUCACUAAUGUCAUGACAUGGCUGGCUGGUCACUAAUGUCAUGACAUGGCUGGGAUAUCACUAAUGUCAUGACAUGGCUGGCUGGUCACUAAUGUCAUGACAUGGCUGGGAUGUCACUGGUGUCAUGACAUGGCUGGCUGGUCACUAAUGUCAUGACAUGGCUGGCUGGUCACUAAUGUCAUGACAUGGCUGGCUGGUCACUAAUGUCAUGACAUGGCUGGCUGGUCACUAAUGUCAUGACAUGGCUGGGAUAUCACUGGUGACAUGAAAUGGCUGGCGUGUCACUAAUGUCAUGACAUGGCUGGGAUAUCACUGGUGACAUGAAAUGGCUGGCGUGUCACUAAUGUCAUGACAUGGCUGGGAUAUCACUGGUGACAUGAAAUGGCUGGCGUGUCACUAAUGUCAUGACAUGGCUGCAAUGUCUUUGGUGUCAUUGCAUGGCUGGGAUGUCACUGGUGUCAUGACAUUGUCUGACCAUACCACAUGGCAAUACAGUUGAAAGACCACACUAGCCAUCAUCCUAGUAACCCAUUAGGCUGACCAGCAGGUCCAUCAACAAUUAUUUCAGAUGCCAUUGCUAAUGUUUCUAAAAAAAACUUCUUUCUCCACCCUCCCCUCCCCCAUUAGUUCUCUCUGGUCCACACAACAGGGUUGCCAGCAUUUGUUGUCAACCUUUGGUGUUGGUUGUUGUGGGCAGGUUGUGAGAAUGUUGAUGUAUAUAGUGGUGACUAGCAUGAGUUUGUACAUUUUCUUUCAUGUUUUGAUUGUAUAAAAAUUUCCCAGCCUCCGGCUGUAGCACUAUUGUACAGAACUUAUUUUCUCAUGUAUAGGAACAUACUUUGUUUUUGCUUUCAAACUUCUGUUUCUUCAGCUGUUAUUUAAUUACUUCACCAACUAAAAUGUUUUUAUAGUUAAAACUGACAUGCAAAUAAUUAGUUUUAUAAUUAACAUUCAAAUAAUUAUUUUUAUAAUUGACAUUCUAUUUUGUUAUUUUCAUUUUCUUGGCUUCAAAACAACCCAUGUACACAAACCACGAUCAUUAUCUCCCUUUGUAUAGCAACUACUUGAUGGCAGGCUACUUUGGUUUCUAAUGAACUUAUCUGUCACAUUCCUACACAUGGUCCAACUUUGGCAUAGUUUCAUGCCCUGCACCUGACAUUAAGUACAAUGCUCCCUAACAGUCAUACUUGGUUCCUUUCAGAAUAUUCUCAAUGGGAGGGGUUGUCAAUGUUUGAAAUAUAUAUUUACUAUAAAAAAGUUUCUAUUUUUUAUUUAUCCUCCCUUACUUUCCCCUCCCCCCCCCCCCCCCCCCUCCACAAGAGAUAGCUGAGAGAAACUCUGCAGCCAUGCCAUUUUUUAAAACUUUCCUUACAAUCACUGUUCACCUGUCCUGUCCCAAGAAACAAGCCCACCAGCUGCAGUGUGACUCCAUAAAAUACCCCCCCCCCCUGCUCAAGUAUAUGCUCAUCAAACUUUACAUUUCUGUUGGUUACAACUAAGACUGGUUUAAAUGCUCAAUGAAUUCAACUUUGGACCCACUGUUUUUGUUCUCUAUUGGUUUGUUUCAAGCUAACAACAUAAUAGCCUGUUAGCUGCCCACAAUUUUUUUGUGAUAAAAUUCUCUCAUUGCUACAAGUCUGUUUAUUCAAGGGAGGGAAUAUGUGUUGUCUGUCCUGCAGCCUGUGUAGCCCAUGUACACAAUGAACAAGUUAUCAAAUGUGGUUUUAUAUAUUUCUAUGAUGACUGAUGACACUGAGCCUAGCAGACCUAGACACUUCAAUAAAGAUGCCAUGUUUACA